AUGGGCAAAAAGGAUAAUAAUGAACAGAAGCGACAAAACCGUAAUUUGAAGGUCGUGAAUAAGGAUGAAAAAUCAGAUAGAGAAACAAGUAGUAUUAUGGUUCUUCGUCCUUCGCCAUCGCCACGAGCUAAGCUGAUUGGAACCAUAACAGAACCAUCGAAAAGACGAACAAGGCAAACCCAGAAAACUUCAAGCAGUGCUUUAAUAAAAAAGGUGUUUCAGAGGACUCCAUACAACAACAUAGUAGUAGAUUUUGCAUAUGGGAAAUAUCUUGCUGCAUAUAAAAGUGCAUUUCCAGGUGUGAGUCUUCCAAGCAUAGCAGACUUUGGAAGAAGAAUCAGAUCGGUGGAAUCGAAAAAGAAUGAUGGGGAAGCUGACAGUUCUACGAAAACAAACGAAGAAACGUCUUUAUUAUCGUACCAAUGUAACUUGUGUGGUGUGAUAUACACACACAGGAGUGAUGUGAAUAAACAUAUGGUGAUGCAUAAAAAGAGACUGGAAGACUCAAGAGUUCUGGUCAUUGGCCACGAAUACGAAUGCAAAGUUUGUGGAAUCAGCUACAUGUUGAAAAAAUAUAUGCAGGAUUGUCACAUAUGCGACAUUAGUGCUGAUAGUUACAAUUGCAAGUUUUGCGGCUCGACUUAUGCGAAUGAACGCCAACUUGGUAAACAUUUAAAGAAGCAUACUGCGAAGAAAAGUUCGGUUUCUGUUUCGACUGAUUAUGUUGAACGUGAUGAUACUGCUCUGGAAAUGGAUAAGCCAGUCACUGCAUUUUAUUCCAGUUGCAGAGACGAGUCAAGUCCCCAGUCAAAUUCGGCAGACACUGAAUUUAAUACCACUCAUGAAUAUGAAUUGGGACUUCAUAAACACAUGAUAAACUUGAAUCCCGACUUUCAGACUGGUGCCACAAGCGGUACAACCUACCAAGUUGAAUCUGAAAUUCAAGAAAAGAUGAACGAAUGUAUUCUGAAAACAGACAUUCAAUUCACUUCUACUUAUACAAAUGAAUUAGAAAACGAGAUAAGUUCUGUAGUUGUUACAAAAAAUGAAAUAAGUCCGGUAGUCGUUACAGAAAACAAAAUGAGUCCCCUGGACUUUACAGAAAAUGAAAUAAGUCCUGUAGUUGUUGCAGAAAAUGAAAUAAGUUCGGUAGUUAUUAACAGACCAGAUUAUGAAUAUGUGGAAAGUGAUGAAUUUGUAUCAGAAGUGGAGUCGUAUCCCUGCGAGUAUUGCCGAAAAUUAUUAUCCAGUCGAUUCCGGAGAGCCAGUCACCAACAAAGACACAUUGUGGGUGACAAAUUUAAGUGUUUAUAUUGCAGACAAUUGUUCGAUGAUAAGGCGUCAUUGGUGUCGCAUUCCCUUGCAUCGCAUCACAACUGCUAUCCACUGGGCGGUCUUCUGAUUCAUAAAUGCAAGCAGUGCAGUGCUAGGUUCAACAAGAAAGAAUACCUGACAAUUCACAUGUUGACGCACACCGGGCAGGGUCUGAUAAAGUGCGAAGUAUGCAACAAACUGUUUACGAACAAAAACGCUCUUGACUCUCAUAUUACCUCAAAACAUAGUUCGAAAUUUGGUAAAUGUUUACGCUGCAAUAAAUACGUAUUGUUGUGUGGUUUAGACAAGCAUAUGGCCUCGCAUAUGAGCGAGAAAGAGGAGAAUUCGUAUGUAUGCGGACGUUGUGAAGAGACGUUUACUGAGCAGAGGCAGCUGGAAUCCCAUUUGUGUAAAAUGACUGACGUAGUGUCCCGCUUUGUUGUUACGUACAAUUGCGUUGAGUGCGGAGAACAAUUUGUUUCGAGUGAAGUACCGGAUAACACAAUGCCGUUAACUUGUGAUAAAUGCAAAGUCAUGUCGCAAUACACUAGUUUAAAAACGAGAAAAAUAUUAAAACGGUCAGGAUGGUGUACUUCAUGUAAUUGUUUUAUACCUUUCGUAUUCCUGAAGUCGCAUAUGAAAAUUUGUUCGCAAAAGGCGAGUAUGUAUCUUUGUGACAAUUGCGGCUUCUUGUUCAAGUCUCUGCUGUUACUUGAGAAACACAAGUUGGUUUGCAAUCAACAGAACACAGGUCACCCUUGUGAGCGUUGCGGUAGUGACCAUUUAUCAUAUCUGUGUAGAAUGGCAUUGUGUAAACCAGGGAAUGAUAACCGAUCAUUUUGUGAAAAUUGCGGCGAGAUGUUUGCAUCAUCGUUGAGUGAAAUCCAUAAGACUCCAAAAAUACUUCCCUUCACUGGCGGUGUUCGUCUGCAAUGUGACGUUAACGAAAAACCAUAUAGCUGCGUACAGUGCGGGGUAUCAUACGCGGAAGUGGUCCUGCUUCAAAUUCACAUGGAGGCACAUGCCGCAGAGAGUCAACCGCAACGUAUCUCUGUGAAGUCUUACAAUGAGUUGUGUCGUGAGCAGUUUGAAUUACAACGAAUGAAGUUAGCUGUGAACAACAAAGUGGAGGAAAUAUUUGACGUACAGUCAAACACUCACUUGAAGAUCAUACGCAAAUCUAACCAAGAAUUAGGAACGUAUCAAAUGCAAUUUACUUUUACUUAA